ACCGACGGAGUGACAUACCAUGACAAUGAUGCCAUCGCGCCGGGAAGGUAGAUUGGCAUUUUCACGCCUCCGACGGAGACCGUUUUUCCCUCUGAAUUCGCAGCCCACAACCAGAUAACCCUUAAACAGGUUACAAUGUCACAUCCGCCGAAUAUGAAUUCGUAUCUGCUAUGAGAUCUGUUAAUGAUCAAUAGGAUAUCUGGAAAAGCCACUGUUGCAAAACUGAAGCUGAAACCAUCUGUUCCAGCUACUGGUAUUCAUCGUUCUAUCGUGAAAUUCAUUGAAUUGUAUUUAUUUUCAUUUGAUUUGGAAGGUUGAUGGAGCUAGCGAUGUGAUUAGAGUGUUUGAUCGAGUGUAAUUUAUCUGGAAGAUGGCUUGGUUCGGUAGCGGUAUCUCUCUUGGGAACUUGGAUCUUGCCGGCGCAGUGAACAAACUCAGUGAGAGCGUUAAGAACAUUGAGAAAAACUUCGAUAGCGCUCUAGGCCUAGAGGAUAAAGCCGAUGCCAGUAAUAGCGAAGCAUCAGGGUUAUGGCCUGCAGCAACGGAUCGGAACACACUGUUUAACCCUGUUAUGGCCUUUAUGGGACAUAAAGGUGAGGAGGAUACAAAGUCUCUAGAAGACACUGACACCUCGACGCCCAUCCCUGCUACGGUGGAGAAUGCCAUUGAAGAUUCAGCUGAUUCAGAAAUUGAGAAACCUGCUGCCCCUAUAGAAAGCUAUGAAGCAGAAAUAAGAACGAAUGUAAUAAUUACCUCUGGCAAAGAAGAUAAUGACCUGUCAAGAAAUUCUAAUGUAAAGCUAGAGUAUUCUCCUGAAGAAGCAAGAGACGCUUAUCUGAAACCAGAGCCAGUUAUGUCCACUGAAGACGUGAAUAAUGAAAAUGCAGAACUGGACCCAACUGUAUCUGCUGAAGAAGCUGAUACGAGCUUAGCGAAACAAGGUUCUGCUGAGGAAACAAAACCUGGGAGUGAAGAACAAAAUAUUUCUAGUGCUCUAGUUGAAAGACAAGAUGAACCUGAUUUACCAGCUGAAGUAUUUGAAAGCAAACCUGAGCAUGGCGAGGAAGGAGAGUCUUCUAAAUCACCAAAAAAGGAGGCUUCAAAUGCAGAAUAUAUUGGAAAUCUGGCAGAGUUAGAAUCAAUAUCGACCACUAUUGCCUCUCAAGAUGAACUUCACACUAUAACAUUUCAUCCAUCCAAUGAUUUUGUUAAUUCACAGGAGAACACAAAUGAGACUGAUGAACAGAAGGAAGAGAACAAAGAGGAAGUUUCUCCAGUUGACUUUCAGUAUGAAUCAACCAGUCAUUUUGGAAGUGGAAGGCAUUCUGUUUCUGACUCUGCCGAGUCUAAUAAAACUGGACCUUCGGAGGAACAAUAUGAAACUAACUUUCCUGUUGUCCAACAUGAUGAAGAAGCUUCAGAGAUGGUUUCUGAUUCGAGUUCGCAUACAAAUAAUGUAAUUGCUCAAGCUGUUGAGGUCAACCAGAGAGCAAUCGAUAAUGUGGUAGGUCUUACAGAGCAGUUGAGUUCAGGGACCAACUUGACAGAUGCUUCCAAUAUGGUAGCUGAACUAGAAAAAGUGAAAAGAGAGAUGAAAAUGAUGGAAUCUGCACUGUUAGGUGCUGCUAGACAAGCACAGGCAAAAGCUGAUGAAAUUGCAAAGCUGAUGAAUGAAAAUGAGCAUCUAAAGGCUGUUGUUGAGGAUCUGAGAGGAAAAGCCAGUGAGGUAGAUAUUGAAUCCCUGCGAGAAGAGUACCAUCAAAGGGUUGCAACUCUUGAAAGAAAGGUCUACUCUCUUACCAAAGAAAGGGAUACACUUCGUAGAGAGCACAAUAAGAAGAGUGAUGCGGCUGCUCUUCUGAAGGAGAAAGAUGAAAUCAUUACUCAAGUUAUGGCUGAAGGUGAACAGCUUUCAAAAAAGCAAGCUGCCCAGGAGGCUCAUAUUAGGAAAUUAAGGGCACAGGUUAUCUUUCAAGCAUAAUGAAUUAUGCGUGUUGCUUUUAAAGUUCUCUUAGUUUAAUAAACCAUUGCCUCUGUUUUGAAAGUUAGAUUAGAGAGCUAGAAGAAGAGAAGAAAGGACUGCAGACCAAGCUAGAGGUAGAAGAAAAUACAGUGGAGAGUAUAAGAAGGGAUAAGGCUGCAACUGAGAAGUUGCUUCAAGAAACAAUUGAGAAACACCAAUCAGAACUCACAAUUCAAAAAGAAUACUACACAAAUGCUUUGAAUGCAGCGAGGGAAGCUGAAUCAUUAGCUGAAGCACGGGCUAAUAAUGAAGCUAGAACCGAACUUGAGGGUCGUCUA